AUGGGGCCAGAGUCUACCGCGUUGACGACAGACGUCGGAUCUGAGUCGCCGUAUCAACUGGAUAAAGUCCAGACACUCAGAGCUUCCAGCGCACUUCUCAAGCAUAUCAAGACCGAAGUGCAGAAAAAAGAGACUGUCUCUGGGACCAAAAAUCUCCUUGCACCAGAAAAUUCUUCCGAAGAUGUUUUUCCCUCGGACGUGGAGCCUAUAUGGCUUGUCCUUACCACGAAAAAAUUCAUGACCGACCAAAAGCGCCUGAAACCUCGCAAAGUCCUACUUCCGCACUCUCUACAUACCUCUUCAAACACAUCGAUAUGUCUAAUAUCACCAGAGCCGCAACGCCAAUUCAAAGAUGCCAUUGCUCAUCCUUCUUUUCCCACCACACUGUCCAAGCGGAUCACUAAGGUUAUCAGCAUCAAGAAGCUGGAAGCGAAAUACCGCUCGUUCGAAUCUAGACGGCAGCUUCGUGAUUCAUACGACCUUUUCCUUGCCGAUGAUCGCAUCGUCACAUAUCUAGCCAAGUUUCUGGGCAAGACGUUCUAUAAUACUACAGCCAAGCGGCCUAUACCCGUCUCCCUCGAAGCCUCGAAGCCAAAGGAGAGAAAGAAUGCGGCUCUUCCAAGCACCAAAGUCCGUAAAGAACCUUCCGACACCAAAUCGAUUGCUGCACCACCUCUACUCGCGAAGGAGAUUGAACGCAGUCUCUCUACAGCACAGAUCAACCUCUCCCCAUCGACUACCACCGCAGUACGCGUUGGCCUUGCAUCUUUUACGCCUGAACAAUUGGCGGCGAACAUCGAAGCUGUGAUGGCAAGCCUCGCCGGGAAACUCGUGGGAUGGAAGAACGUAAGGGCUGUGCAUGUGAAGGGCCCUAAUACAAUGGCGCUGCCAAUUUGGUUGGCUGAGGAACUCUGGGUAGACGAGGGUUAUUUGCUUGAGGAUGAAGAAGCCGCAGAGGCGAAGGCGAAAGCAGCCCAGAAGGGAAAAAGGAAGAGGAAGUUGAUAGAAGGCAAGGAGGCUGGUCAUGCAGAUUGGGCAGGGAAGAGAAAGGUGGACGGUGAAAGUGAGACUGCGGACGAGCCCAAGCAAAAGAAGGUCAAAAAGUUGAAUGAUGAAGACCUGAGUCAGGAAAUGAAGGAGAGACGAGAGAAGUUACGACAGCAGAAGAGAGAAGCUAGGGACAGUAUUGAGGGAAACGAUGUGACCAUGGACAGGACUCUGGUGGCAAAGCCCAAGGUCAAAAAGACCAGGAGGGCGACGACAGCGAUCUCAGCAUUUGAAUCAUGA